CCUCUACCUCACGAGAGAGGAGGGCGUAUGCCGGUGUACGGGCAGAGAGUCAUAUAAGCUGACAUUCGAGAACAACUCAACGAGUGUGCUGGAAGUGGUCAGAGCGAUGCGAGGGCAAGGCUGAAUCUGAGUCUGCGAGAAACCGAUAGGAAAUCCGCGAAACUCAACUCAUUUAGUCGAGAAGUAAAGGCUAGCGUUCUUCUACAAGCGUUUGAAGGAAGCAGCCGAAAAAUCAUGUCGGUGCUGGCGCUGCAAGAGUACGAAUUCGAGAGGCAAUUCAAUGAAGAAGAAGCCAUUCGAUGGAUGCAAGAGAACUGGAAGAAGUCAUUCCUCUUCUCUGCACUCUACGCUGCCUGCAUACUGGGUGGGCGGCAUGUAAUGAAACAAAGGGAGAAGUUUGAGUUGAGGAGACCUUUGGUACUGUGGUCUUUAACACUUGCAGUCUUCAGUAUAUUUGGUGCCGUCAGAACUGGAGGCUAUAUGAUGUACAUCUUGAUGACCAAAGGCCUAAAGCAGUCAGUCUGUGAUCAGAGCUUCUACAACGGACCAGUCAGCAAGUUCUGGGCCUACGCUUUUGUUCUCAGCAAGGCACCUGAACUAGGAGACACACUAUUCAUUGUGUUGCGCAAGCAGAAGCUGAUCUUCCUGCACUGGUAUCAUCAUAUCACAGUGUUGCUCUAUUCCUGGUACUCCUACAAGGACAUGGUGGCCGGUGGGGGCUGGUUCAUGACCAUGAACUACCUGGUGCAUGCCGUCAUGUAUUCAUACUAUGCUCUUAGGGCUGCUGGUUUCAAAAUCUCCCGCAAGUUUGCCAUGUUCAUCACUCUGACGCAGAUCACUCAAAUGGUGAUGGGUUGCGUGGUCAACUACCUGGUGUAUUCGUGGAUGCAGCAAGGCCAAGAGUGCCCAUCACAUGUGCAGAACAUUGUGUGGUCAUCCCUCAUGUACCUCAGCUACUUUGUGCUCUUCUGUCAGUUCUUCUUCGAAGCCUACGUCAACAAGACCAAAUCCAUUGUAGCCAAGAAAAGCCAAUAAAUCAAGCAAAAGUAAAAAAAAUGGGGGGAAAAACUUUAAAGUGGACCAAUGAAUGGAUAGUGGAUGGAUGAAAGGGUAAGUGAAGGAGCUAUUAGGGCUUACGGACUUGCGGAGGAAAGGAACGAUCAAAGCUUGUGUACUACUAAUGUAUAGAGGUAAACCUCCCCAACACUAGGGGAGCACUGUUGAGCUGCACUGAGAAAUCAUUAUGAUAAUGAUAUCAGUUGAAGAUAAAAUGAAGAAAAAAUAUAUGUCUUUAUGUAAUGUUUAUGUGCCCAGUACAAUUCUCUGUAUUAAAAAAAAAAUGUACAGUUAAAAAAGGGAGUAAAAUAAAUUGAAAUGGAAGUUAGGAGAAAAGGACAAAAUGGACUGAAGGACAUUUGAAGAAGAAAAAAACAGAAAAUUAAUUUUAAAUUCAGAGGAAAUUAUAUGGAUAGAGUUAAUAUGCGUGUGGUUAUGUCUAAAAAAUUGUCUAAACAUUCA